AUGAUGCUUCCUCAAGUCUUCAUUUCAGGCCUCUUACUACUUCUCCCAGGUGCUGUAGAUUCUUACACAGUAGUGAAGGCAGUGCCGGGUGACCCUGUCACACUGCCAUGUACUUACUCAACAUUUCGGGGAGUCUAUAAUAUAUGCUGGGGCCGAGGGCAAUGCCCAUCUUUUAAUUGUGUAAACACACUUAUCUGGACCAAUGGAAACAGUGUCGUCUAUCAGAGGAGCAGCAGAUACCAGCUAAAGGGAAAUAUUUCAGGAGGAAACGUGUCCCUAACAAUAGAGAAUGUUAUCCAGAGUGACAGUGGUCUGUAUUGUUGUCGAGUGGAGGUGCCUGGAUGGUUCAAUGAUCUCAAAGUGACCUUUUCAUUGGAAGUUAAACCAGAAAUUCCAACAAGUCUUCCAACAAGUCCCACUACUACAAGACCCACAGCUACAGAAAGACCCAAAACUACAGGAAGAGCUACAACUACAGUGAAACCCAAGACAAUGUCAACAAGACCCACACAUGUUCCAACAUCUCCCACAGUCUCCACCUCAACUUCUACAACACCAGCACAAACACAGACUCACACACCAGAACCCACUACAUUUGAUCCAUAUCAGACAACAGAUGAGGUGACAGAAACCCCAUCCUAUACUCUCCCAGCAGAUUGUAAUGACACUGUGACAUCUUCGGACAACUCUUGGAAUAAUUAUACUGAAUCCAUCCCUUCAGGGAAGCAACAGAAGAAAAUGACUAAGAGCUUCUAUAUUGGUAUCUCCAUUGCUGCCCUGCUGCUGUCGCUGCUUGUGUGCAUCGUGGCUAUCAUCAGUUACAUCCUUAUGAAAAAGAAGUCGGGGUCUCUGAGCUUGGUAGCAUUCCGUAUCUCUAAGGUUGGAUCUUUGGGAAACACAGCGGAUGGGCAGUCCCGAGCUGAAGACAAUGUCUACAUAAUUGAAGACAGUCCUUACCCUCAAGAAUCAGUCUCGUGGGCACCCUGA